CGUUUCAACCAUUGCAAGCGAUGCCUCUGAAGGAAAUAAGCCAGACAAAAAACGUGGCUGUCGUGGUAACGUCGCGCGGUGGUCAUAUUGGUUUCCUAGAAGGCGUUUGGCCGGUCAAGGAGGAGCAAUACAUGGGAAAGUUCUUCUCGCAAUUUUUCACGGCGAUGUUCACAAGCGAUUUCGACUAACACGUACUUGAUAUUAUCUAUAGAUUGGACUCGAGUAAAUAGUAUCGUAAGCAUUAAUAUCGGCUUCCUUGAUUUGCUAUCGUAUGCCGUCUUCUGCUUGAAA